UCGGCCGGCCCCCGGGGCCCCUCCGGCCUCCCUCGGUGGGCUCGGCUCUCCGCUAGGCCCCGGGGCCUCCCCGGGGGGACACGGGGCUCCCAUGGCUCCCGGGGCCACCCCGCUUCACACCUCCCGGACCAGGAGCCCGCCACCCGGCCCGGGUCCCUCCCGGCCCCCGGCCCCGAGGCCGCCCGCCUUCCUCCUGCCGCUGCUGCUGCCCUUGCUGUGGCCGUCCCCGUCGCUGGCCGGCGAAGAGCCGGGGCCCCGGGGCCCCCGCCCCGAAGAGGUCAUCGUGUUGGCCAACCGGGGGCUGCGGGUGCCCUCGGGCCGCACGGCCUGGCUGGACCCGCUGCGCGACCUGGUGGUGCGGGUGGCGCCCGGGGACCGCUGCCACGUGUCCGUCCUGGGCGACGGGGGCCCGGGCCCGCCGCCCGGCCGCCUCCGGCCCCGCCGCUUCCCCUGCCGCUUCGGCCCCGGCCGGGUCCGCUACACGCACCUGGGCGCCAGCGAGCCCGCGCGGGACCGGGUCCGGCUGAGGCUGCGCUACGACGGGCCCGACCGGACGGUGGUGCUGCCCCUGGUCUUGGAGGUGGAGGUGACCUUCUCCCGGCUGGAGGUGGUGACCCGCAUCCUGCCCCUGGACGUGGACCGCCCGCUGGGCACCAGCCCGCCCCUGGACGGCCGCCUCCUGGGCUUCGCCUACCGGCCCGAGGACCAGGAGUGCCGGGUGGGGGUCGCGCCCGGCCGGGGGGGGCUGCCCCGCUACGGGGAGGUGCUCCGCGCCCCGGGAGCCGGGGAGGGGUCGCCGCUCCGGGAGGAGGAGGAGGAGGAGGACGACGACGACGACUACGGGGACGCCGGGGACGCCGGGCCCGGGCCGCCCCGGAUGGUGGACUGCGGGGCCUUCCUGCGGCGAGGGGUGCGCUACCGCCACACGGCCCCGGGCCGCUCCCCCGACCGGGACUGGGUGCCCGCGACGGUGGAGCUGCGGGCCCGGGGGGCCCCGGCCGGGACCCCGGCCCUGAAGCGGGAGCACUUCCGGGUCCCGGUGCGGAUCCGCGGCGGGGCCCGGAACACGCCGCCCAGGCCCAGCUUCGCGGCCCUGAUGACGAUGGAGGUGGCCCAGUUCGUCCUGACCGCCCUGACCCCCGACAUGCUGGCCGCCGAGGACGCCGAGACCCCCGCGGACCUGCUGGCGUUCAACGUCGCCUCGCCCUUGGGGCCGGGCCAGGGCCACCUGGUGAGCACCGACGACCGCGACCUGCCCCUCUCCUCCUUCAGCCAGCGGGACCUGCGCCUGCUCAAGGUGGCCUACCGGCCCCCGGCCGAGGACGCCGACCGCGAGCGGCUCUUCCGGCUGGAGCUGGAGGCGGUGGACCCCGAGGGCGCCACCUCCGACCCCUUCGCCUUCACGGUGGCGGUGAAGCCCAUGAACACGCUGGCCCCGGUGGUCACCCGCAACGCCGGGCUGGUCCUGUACCAGGGCCAGUCCCGGCCGCUGACGGGGCCGCCCGGCGGCCCCCGCAACCUCGUCGUCAGCGACGAGGACGACCUGGAGGCCGUGCGGCUGGAGGUGGCGGCCGGGCUGCGGCACGGACACCUGGCCCUGCUGGGCCCCCCCGGCGCCGACCCGCGGCCCCGCGGCCGCUUCACGGCGGCGGACCUGGAGGCCGGCCGGGUGGUCUACCGGCACGACGCCGGCGACGGCUCCCUCAGCGACAACCUGGUGCUGCGCAUGGAGGACGGCGGCGGGCGGCACCGGGUGGAGUUCCUCUUCCCCAUCACCCUGGUGCCCGCCGACGACCGGCCGCCCGUCCUCAACGCCAACACGGGGCUGGCGCUGGCCGAGGGGGACACGGUCCCCAUCCCGCCCGGGGCCCUGAGCGCCACGGACGUCGACUCGGAUGACGCCCGGCUGCGCUUCGUGCUGGAGCCGCCCUACUCGACGGCGGGGCAGCUGCUGAUCCGCCGGGCCCUGCCCCCGGAGGGCGAGGAGGGGCCCCCGGGCGGCCCCUGGAGGCGGGUGGAGGACCCCCGGCUCGGACCGCUGUACGAGCGGCCGGUGACCGAGUGGCUGCAGCGGGACAUCGUGGAGGGGCGGCUCUUCUACCGGCACGUGGGGCCCCACAGCCCCGGGCCGGGCCCCGUCACCGACCGGUUCCACUUCUCGGUGCGGGACGACCGCGACCCGCCCAACGUGUCCGGGCGGCAGAGCUUCGAGCUGCGCGUCCGCCCCGUGGACAGGCUGCCCCCCGAGCUGGGGAGCGGCUGCCCCCUGCGUAUGGUGGUGCAGGAGUACCGGCUCACCCCCCUGAGGAAGAAGUGGCUCCGCUACACCGACCUGGACACCGACGACCGGGAGCUGCGCUACACGGUGACCCAGCCCCCGACCGACACGGACGAGAACCGGGCCCCGGCCGCGCUGGGCGCCCUGGUGCUGACCGACGACCCCCUGGCUCCGGUCACCCGCUUCACCCAGGCCCAGGUCAACCACCACAAGAUCGCCUACCGGCCGCCGGACCGGGAGCUGGGGGUGGCGGCCCGGGUGGCCCGCUUCCGGUUCCGGGUGGAGGACCGGGCGGGCAACGCGGCCUCGGGGACCUUCGCCCUCCACCUGCAGCCCGUGGACAACCGGCCCCCGGAGAUCCUCAACACGGGCUUCGCCGUCCGGGAGAGGGGCCGCCACGUCCUGACCCGGGCCGAGCUGGAUGCCACCGACCCGGAUACGGAGGCGGCUCGCAUCUCCUUCACCCUCACCCGGGCUCCGGAGCACGGGGAGCUGCGGCGGGCUGGGGAGCGGCUGGACGCGGGCCGGUCCUUCCGCCUGGAGGACAUCGGACAGGGCAGGAUGGUCUACGUGCACGACGGCGACGAGUCCCCCGGCGACAGCUGCUCCGUCGAGGUGAGCGACGGGCUCCACGUGGUGCCCGUCACCCUCAGGGUGAGCGUGCGCCCGCUGGACGACGAGGCGCCCGCGCUGACCCAGCUCCCGGGCACCCUGGCCUCCUUCCUGGACGUCCUGGAGAACGGGACGGCGGAGAUCACGGCCGGCGUCAUCCGGGGCACCGACGAGGACACCGACGACCUGAUGCUGACCUUCCUGGUGGAAGACCCCCCCGCCUCCGGGGAGAUCCUGGUCAACGGGAAGCCGGCCGAGCGGUUCUCCCAGAGGGAGAUCCUGGAGGGCGCCGUGGCCUACGCCCACACCGGCGGCGAGAUCGGCCUCCUCCCCAAAGAGGACGCCUUCAACCUGACCCUGUCGGACCCGUCUCGGGAGUGGACCGUGGGCGGUAACGUCGUGCGGGGGGUGACGGUGACGGUGACCGUCCUCCCCGUGGACAGCCAGGCCCCGGAGGUGGCCGUCGGGGAGCGGUUCCUGGUGGCGGAGGGGGGCAAGGGGGUCAUCACGCCGUCCCACCUCAGCGUCCGAGACGGCGACACGCCCGGCGACGCCGUCCUGUGCACCAUCGUGAUCCAGCCCGCCUCCGGCUACGUGGAGAACAUCUCCCCCGCCCCGGGCUCCGAGAAGUCCCGCGCGGGCGUCGCCGUCAGCGCCUUCACGGUGAAGGACAUCGGGCAAGGCCACGUGUUCUACGUGCAGAGCGUCCACGGGGGCGUGGAGCCGGCGGAGGACCGGUUUGCUCUCCGCUGCUCCGACGGGGUCAAUCCCUCCCCGAGGCACCUCUUCCCCAUCGCGAUCGUCCCCACCAACGACGAGCCGCCCGAGAUCUUCGUGCGGGAGUUCCUGGUGAUGGAAGGCAUGAGCCUGGUGAUCGACACGCCCAUCCUCAACGCCGCCGACGGCGACGUCCCGCCCGACGACCUGACCUUCGUCGUCACCCGGCCCCCGGCCCACGGCCGCCUCGUGACCCGGCUGAUCGACGGGACGGUGCCGGCGGAGAGCUUCGCCCUGGACCGGAUCGCCGGGAGCUCCGGCGUCCUCUACGAGCACGACGAUUCCGAGACGCUGGAGGACAGCUUCGACCUGCGGCUGACGGACGGCCGGCACGCGGUGGAGCGGACGGUGCUCGUCGUGGUGAUCCCCGUCGACGACGAGACCCCCCGGCUGGCCGUCAACAACGGCCUGGAGGUCGCGGUCGGAGAAACCAGGGUCCUCAGCGACAGGGCGCUCGCGGCGACCGACCUGGACUCCGAGGAUCGGACCCUGGCGUACGUCGUCCGCCGCGGGCCGGGGCACGGCGUCCUGCAGCGGCGGCUGCCCGCCGGGGGGCUGGAGAACAUCACGCUGGGGAUGAACUUCACCCAGGGCGAGGUGGACGGGGGCCUCGUUCAGUACGCGCACACCGGGCGGGAAGGCGUCCGGGACCUGAUCAGAUUCGACGUGACCGACGGGACCAACCCCCUCAUCGACCGCUACUUCUACGUGACCGUCGGGGGCGUCGAUCUCGUCUUCCCGGAUGUGGUCAGCAAGGGGGUGUCCCUGAAAGAAGGCGGGAGGGUGACCCUCACCACGGACCUGCUGAGCACCAGCGACCUCAACAGCCCCGACGAGCACCUGGUCUUCAGCAUCACCAGGGCCCCGACGCGGGGCCGCCUGGAGUGCACGGAUCGGGCCGGGGUGCCCAUCGCCUCCUUCACUCAGCUCCAGCUCGCCGGGAACAAGAUCUACUACGUCCACACGUCGGACGACGAGGUCAAGACGGACGGCUUCGAGUUCGAGGUCACCGACGGCCGCAACCCCGUCUUCCGCACCUUCCGGAUUUCCAUCGGCGACGUGGACAACAAGAAGCCGGUGGUCACCGUCCACCCGCUCGUGGUGAGCGAGGGGGAGAGUAAGCUCGUCACGCCCUUCGAGCUCACCGUGGAAGACCGAGACACGCCCGACCGGCUCCUGAGGUUCACGGUCACCCGGGGCCCCGCCCACGGCCAGCUCCUGAUGAACGGCACCCUGCCCGUCCGGACCUUCACCCAGCAAGACCUGAACGAGAACCUCAUCAGCUACAGGCACGACGGGACGGAGUCCGCCCGAGACGGCUUCUCCUUCACCGUGACCGACGGCACCCACGCGGACUUCUACGUCUUCCCCGACACGGCGUUCGAGACCAGGCGGCCCCAGACCGUGGCCAUCCACGUAAUCGCCGUGGACGACAGCGCGCCCCGGGUCGUGGUGAACGGGGGGGCCUCCGCCCUGCGCCUUCUGACCACCACCGGCCACUUGGGCUUCCUGAUCACGAACAAGGCCCUGAGGGCGCGGGACGAGGACAGCGCGCCGGACUCCCUGGGGUUUCGGGUGACCGGAGCCCCGCGCCACGGCUCCCUCCUCCACCUGGGCAGAGGCAACCACAGCGUCGACCGGUUUACCCAAGCCGACAUCGAUGAUAUGAAAAUAUGCUACGUUUUAAGAGAAGGCCACAACGCCACUAGUGACAUUUUCCGUUUCACGGUCGAAGACGGCGGGGGAAAUGUAUUGAAGAACCAGCAUUUCCACCUGACCUGGGCCUGGAUCUCUCUAGAAAAGGAAUACUACCUGGUCAAUGAGGACUCCAAAUAUCUAGAUGUCAUUCUUAAACGAAGAGGUCACCUGGGAGAAACCUCUUUUGUCAGUAUCGGCACGAGGGAUGGCACGGCCCAGAGAGACAAGGACUUCCAGGGCAAAGGGCAGAAGCAGGUGCAGUUCAACCCCGGUCAGAUCACGGCCACGUGGAGGGUGCGCAUUCUGAGCGAUGGGGAGCACGAGCAGUCCGAGACCUUCCAAGUGGUGCUGUCCGAGCCGGUCAUGGCCGCCCUCGAAUUCCCUGCCGUCACCACGGUGGAGAUCGUCGACCCGGGUGACGAGUCUACGGUGUUUAUUCCUCAGCCCGUCUACACGGUGGAAGAAGAUAUUGGUGAACUGUUCAUUCCCGUCUGGAGAAGUGGAGACGUCAGCCAGGAGCUGAUGGUCAUCUGCUAUACUCAGCAAGGAACAGCCACCGGCACCAUCCCCACCUCGGUGCUCUCCUACUCCGACUACAUAUCCCGGCCCGAGGAUCACACCAGCGUCCUCCGCUUCGACAGAGACGAGCGGGAGAAGAUGUGCCGCGUGGUGAUCAUCGACGACUCCCUCUACGAGGAGGCCGAGGCCUUCCACGUCCGGCUGAGCAUGCCCAUGGGUGGGCGGAUCGGAACCGAGUUCCCAGGGGCCCAGGUGACCAUCGCCCCCGACAGAGAUGACGAACCAGGCUUCUAUUUUGGGGCCGUGGAAUACUCCGUGGACGAGAGCGCCGGCUUUGUGGAAGUGCGGGUGUGGAGGACCGGCACAGAUCUCUCCAGGCCCUCCUCCGUUACGGUGCGAUCUCGGAAAGCAGAGGUUCGGUCUGCAGAGGCCGGCGCCGAUUACGUGGGCAUCAGUCGCAACUUAGAUUUUGCCCCCGGAGUCAACACGCAGACGUUCCGGGUGGUGAUUUUGGAUGACCUGGGCCAGCCGGUGCUGGAGGGGGUGGAGGCGUUCGAGCUGGUGCUGCGCAUGCCCACCGACGCUGCCCUGAGAGAACCCAGCAAAGCCACCGUCUUCAUCAACGACUCGGUCUCUGACUUGCCAAAGAUGCAGUUUAAGGAACGAGUGUACAGCGGCCACGAGCACGACGGCCAGAUCAUCGCGGUGAUCCACAGGAGCGGGGACGUCCGAUACACGUCCACCGUGAGGUGCUACACACGCCAGGGCACCGCCCAGGUGAUGAUGGACUUUGAGGAACGCCCAAACAUCGACCAUUCCAUUGUCACGUUUCUUCCUGGUGAGACAGAGAAGCCCUGCCCCCUGGUGAUCGUGGACGACCCGAUCCACGAGGAGGAGGAGGAGCUACGGCUGGUGCUCGGAACGCCGAGGAGCGACUCUCCCUUCGGGGCCUCGGUUGGGGAGCACAACGAAACCCUGAUCAAGAUCCGGGACGACGCCGACAGAGCCAUCAUUAAGUUGGGAGAGGCCAAGUUCAGUGUCGGCGAGCCCAGAGAACCAAACCAGUUGGUGGUUGUCAGGAUUCCGGUGGUCCGUCUCGGAGACACUUCCAAGGUCUCCGUGGUCCGAGUCCACACAAAGGAUGGUUCGGCCACGUCUGGAGAAGACUACCAUCCCGUGUCGGAAGAUAUUGAGUUUAAGGAAGGUGAGACCCAACACGUUGUUGAAGUUGAAAUUCUUUUUGACGGGGUCAGAGAGAUGCGGGAGGCCUUCACGGUGCACCUGAAGCCUGAUGAAAACAUGGUAGCAGAGACCCAGGCUACCAAGGCCAUUGUGUACAUUGAAGAAAUGAACAGCAUGGCAGACGUCACCUUCCCAUCCACCCCCCUGGUCGUGUCCCUUCUUCUCUACGAUGAUGCAUCCGGAGCCAUAGACAGUAGUGGUCCCGUGUCCGGCUACCCUGUCGUCUGUAUUACGGCCUGCAAUCCGAAAUAUCCCGACUUCGACAAGACGGGCUCCAUCUGUGUGAGCGAGAGCAUCAACGACACUUGGACCCGGUACCGCUGGCUGGUCAGUGCUCCCACCGGCCCCGACGGGGUGACCAGUCCCAUGAGAGAGGUGGACUUUGACACGUUUUUCACUUCCUCCAAAAUGAUCACUCUGGACUCCGUUUACUUCCAAGCCGGCUCCCGGGUGCAGUGUGCCGCGCGGGCUGUGAACGCCGACGGAAACGAAGGCCUGGAGCUCAUGAGUCCCAUCGUGACGAUGAGCAAAGAGGAAGGUCUCUGUCCUCCUCGUGUGCCCGGGGUCGUCGGUGCAGAGCCGUUCUCAGCCAAAUUGCGGUACACCGGCCAGGAAGAUCCAGACUUCGCCAAUCUCAUCAAGCUCACCGUCACACUGCCGCACGUCGACGGCAUGCUUCCAGUCAUCUCCACGAGAGAACUGUCCAACUUCGAACUGACCCUCAGUCCUGAUGGGACGAGGGUGGGGAAUCACAGAUGCUCCAACCUGUUGGAUUAUACCGAAGUGAGGACGCACCACGGCUUCUUGACCAACACCACCAAAAACGCCGCGGUGAUCGGCGAGACUUCCCCCUACCAGUACAGCUCGGCGAUGAGGGGCACCCGGACCCUGCGAUUCUAUCGCAACCUGAACCUGGAGGCCUGUCUGUGGGAGUUCGUCAGCCAUUACGACAUGUCGGAACUCCUCGCCGACUGCGGAGGCACCAUUGGGACGGAUGGACAGGUCCUCAACCUCGUGCAGUCCUACGUCACCCUGCGAGUCCCCCUCUACGUGUCCUACGUUUUCCACUCCCCGGCGGGGGCCGGCGGCUGGCAGCACCUGGACCUGCAGUCGGAGCUCCGGCUCACUUUCGUGUACGACACCGCCAUCCUGUGGACGGACGGAAUCGGCAGCCCGCCCCAAGCCGAGCUCCAAGGAUCCCUCUUCCCCACCAGCAUGAGGAUCAGCGAAGAAGGGCGUCUGGUGGUGAACUUCAAGACCGAGGCUCGGUUCCACGGUUUGUUCUUGCUGUCGCAUCCCGCGUCCGUCGCGAGUUCUACGAUCACUUCCACCGACCACCCGGGCCUGACCUUCUCCCUCCACCUCGUGAGGAGCGACCCGACGUACCACCAGCCGACGCAGCAGUGGAGCUUCGUAUCAGACUUUGCGGUUCGAGACUAUUCCGGGACUUACACAGUAAAGCUCAUCGCCUGCACGACCGCUCCUCAGCAAGAGUUCAGCAUCCCAGUCAUCUGUAACCCCCGAGAGCCAAUCGAGUUCGACCUGGAUAUCCGGUUCCAACAGGUCAGCGAUCCAGUGGCGGCAGAGUUCAGCCUCAACACGCAGAUGUUCCUCCUCUCCAAAAAGGCUCUUUGGCUGUCGGACGGAUCCAUGGGCUUUGGACACGAAAGCGACGUGGCCUUCUCCGAAGGCGAUGUGAUUUACGGGCGGGUUAUGGUAGAUCCGGUCCAGAACCUGGGAGAUUCCUUCUACUGCAGCAUCGAGAAGGUCUUCCUCUGCACCGGGGCCGACGGCUACGUCCCCAAGUACAACCCGGCCGGCGCCGAAUACGGCUGCCUGGCUGACUCCCCCUCCCUCCUGUACAGGUUCAAGAUCGUGGACAAAGCUCAACCCGAGACCCAAGACACCAAUUUUGGAAACAUCCUCUUUAAUGCGAAACUUGCCGUCGAUGACCCCGAAGCAGUGCUCUUAGUUAAACAGCCAGGAUCGGAUGGAUUUAAAGUGGACUCAACGCCCCUCUUUCAGGUCUCCGUCGGGCGCGAGUGGUACGUCCACACCAUAUACACCGUCAGGUCGAAAGGGAGUGCCAACCGAGCCAUCGGGAAGAGGAGCGCCGAGCUGCAGUACCACUCCCUGCUGGGUCACGGGACCGCGGGCUCCCCCACGCGCGGCCGCCGGAGGAGGGAGGUCAGAGACCCUCCCCGCCUCGCCCAGGAGAUCGGCGCCGAAAACAGCAGGGGGACCAACAUCCAGCACAUAGCCCUGGACCGCUCCAGCAAGAAGCAGGCGGCCCCUCGGGACGCCCCUCUGGGCCGCGUGACCCCCGGGGGGCCGAGCGACGGCGGCCCCGGGGUCGGCACGGCGGCGGGGGCCGGGGCGGCCGGGCUGCUCGCCCUCUGCUCGCUCGUGGCGGCGGUUUGGUCCUUGAAGCGCCGGGCGGCGUCCGGGCCGAAGGGAGCCCCGGGGGGUUCUGGGAACGGCGAGCCCACGGUGGCCUCACCCCCCUGCAGCGGCGACAGCUCGGAGGUCUGAUUCCCGAACGGGGAAUCGGGGCCCUCCCGCCACGCUCCACGCUUUGCCUCGGACUUCGACCGCCGUUUCCACGGACAGAGGGGUUCGUCUCCACCUCCCGCCUUGGGCGGGAGGCGGGGAUCGUGCCCUGACUUCUUCAGAGGCACAAGUCCAGCAUUGCUUGGAAAAGACUUCUCGGUUUCUUCCCCGCUCACCCUUUACAGACAGCGGAGAAGAAGUCGCCCAGAGGUGCUAUAGUGAGCCUUCUUAGCGUUCUAAGAGGGCGUCUGUGAUUACUGUCUCGGCAUGAACUUUGGAGGUGCAGUGACCUCGGUGUUUUUUCGGGUGUCGUAUCCGUUAAUCGCUCACGGUGGCGUUAUCGAGAGGAUAGCUAAUAUCUUGGGUGUUCCGGCCGUUUCCUAGGUGGUCUAAGACAGCCCAGAACGGUGACCGGGCAGGUGUCUCAGCCCGUGCCUUGUUUUUUCUAGUUAGAUGCAGGGAAGGACAGGAGCCCCGAAUCAUUUCUCCACGGGGCUUUCCUUUUCUAACUUAAGCUUCUGGCAAACCAAAGAACGCAUAAACCAGCGGAAGGCUCGGUUUUCUGAAA